AUGGAUGUACGCGCUGCUCUUCUCAGACACGCUCGCCUCGUGCGUGGCUCUGUCUGCUCCCAAUGCCUCCGCACCCUCCAACCACGGGUCCGCCACAGCUCCACCACCUCCCACCGCACCGCGUCGCCCGCAGAGAAACCCAGGAUGGCCCUGACGAAAGAACAGCGUGACUUUCUCGACAGCGCCCUCAGAGUCAACCAGGCUGGGGAGCUUGCGGCCACUCUGAUCUACACCGCCCAGUCGCCCCCCGUGGUCCGCUCACACCCACACCUUCGACCGCUUAUGAAGCACAUGUAUGACCAGGAGGCCGGUCACUUUGACACCUUCAACAAGCUGAUAGCGAAGCAUCGAGUUCGACCCACGGUCAUGUACCCCAUCUGGGAGGGUGUGUCGACGUUCUUGGGCUGGUCUACCGGGAUAAUGGGGCGAGAGGCCGCAAUGGCAUGCACGGAGGCUGUAGAGACCGAGAUCGGGACCCAUUAUAAUGAUCAGAUCCGGGUGAUUCUGGAAUGGUUUGCCGAUGCCGAGCAGAGAGGAGAAGAAAUUGAUGGUGAAUUGAAAGAACUGGUCUCUACGCUGAAGAGGAUCCGGGAUGAGGAAUUGGAGCAUCUGGAUCAUGCUGUCGAGAACGAUGCGAAAGAGGCUAAACCGUACGAUCCAUUGGUCAACGUCAUUCGUCUGGGCUGCAGGGCUGCAAUCAAGAUCAGCGAGAAGAUAUGA